AUGGCCUGUACCUGCAUGACAGCUGAGGACUUUGCUGUCCUCCUGGACUUGAUAAGGCCCGAAAUGCACUCUGAAUCCAGGAGUAGACCAGAAGAGGUUGUUGCUCCUCCGCUCGGGCAAGAGUUUGAGCGCAACUACCGAACAAAAACGCUGCUAAACCACAUCGCGGGCGACGCACACAACAAAGAGCAGAAACUCAUAGUAUGGAGUACUUUCUCCGCGAAGUACCUCCCUCAGAUGGUCGAUCGACUGCUCAAUCUCCCCACUCCGAUGGACAAUGAUGGUGUCCCCGUCGAUUACGCGCAGGACUAUGUGCCUUGUAGUCCAUGGUACUACAUGCUCCUCCAUAUUCAAUACACGCCCUACCUCUACAAGUACUUGCACUCCCCGCACCCACUCGCUGCUUCCAGCAAGCAGCUCCCGCAAGUGAUGGCGGACCGGCUCGCAGAUGCAAUGGACAGGUGGGACGGCAAGCUGCUCAACACCAGACUUGACCGUGAGAUGCGGGGCUACUAUCUUGACAUCGUCGAAGGCUACUUGGCGGUUCUCAACACUCUCUGCGUGGCUUUCAUCCGUGUAGAGGAUCGCUCGACUAUUAUCAACGAGGCAACAAAGAAGCGGCUCACCACCACACUUGUUGAUUGGAUGGGGCGCUACAGGGACGAGCGCAUAGGAAGGCAAAGCAAACAGCUCUGCAUGUUCCUCUCCGGAUUGACCAACUGGGACGAGUGGUUUCACGACAUACGGCGGCACUACAAGAACUGGGAGGUAUGCGGUUUCGCGAACUGUAACACGCGGCAAGGGCUCAAGGCAUGUAAGCGAUGCCAAACUGUCCGAUAUUGCUCGGCGGAGCACCAAAGAUUUGAUUGGAUAGGCAUGGGGGGCAUCAAGCACAAGCAUGUUUGUUUCGAAACGGAAUACUAA